GACCGUAAACUGUGCAAAUGGUAAACAGGGGGUUUUUUGGGGGGAGGCAGUAUUACCAAACAUUGGUCUGUGGUUUGAAAGUAGGUAAUAAUACGUGGAGGAUACUAGAUUGACUGGGGUAAAUAACUGAAUGGAAUACAACUAUUUAGAAUUGACAUAAAAUAAUUAUAUUUGUCUGUAAAGUCUCAGCAGAAUAAAUUCUUCGUGUUUGGAUGAAUCAAGAGAACGAAUAGUUACCAAGGGUCAACUAUUCGUUCAACUAUUCGGUCAACUUUCACUCAAGGGUCAGAUCUUGGAUUUUGUCAGAGGAAAAGAGUUUGUCGACCUCGACCGGUGCCGUGCACGUAUAAGGAAAAUGAAGAAAGUGGCUAAUUGUAGGUUAUGCAUUCCUCCACUGGGCUCAGUGGAACAAUCUCACCAGUAACCUGUAAAGUAUUCAUAUACUCUAGCAACUGAAUGCAAAGAAUGCAACUAGUAACAGUUGUUCUCAGGAAAACACUUGACGAUUAAUUUUUAUAAAUGAUUAACCAGUGCAGCUGAAUUUAAUGUAUAUAAUUUCACAUGUUAAUUAAAACCAUUAAGACGCUAAAAAAUUCAUUAAGAAGAUUCAUAACAACCAGCACAAUGGCAAAGAGUAAAUUCGAGUACGUCAGAAAUUUCGAACACGACACCGUCUGUCUCCCAAAUUGUUGGAUAGUAGUCAGGCUCGAUGGAAGGAAUUUUUCGAAAUUCACUGAUGCCCAUAACUUCACAAAACCCAAUGACGCCCGAGCACUUGCACUGAUGAAUUCAGCAGCUGUUGCUGUCAUGGACGAGUUCAAGGAAAUUGCUAUUGCUUAUGGACAGAGUGACGAGUAUUCAUUCGUCUUUAAGAAAGACACACAGCUGUACAGUAGAAGAGAAAAUAAACUCCUGACUUAUGUGAAUUCUCUAUUCGCCUCGGCUUACGUCUUCAACUGGCCGAAAUUUUUUGAGGACGCACCCUUGAAAUAUCCCCCCGCAUUCGAUGCUAGAAUUGUUUUAUAUCCUGCUGAUGAGAAUUUAAGGGAUUAUUUGUCCUGGAGGCAAGCAGAUGUUCACGUUAAUAAUCUUUAUAACACGUGUUUCUGGAAUUUGGUGCAGAAGAAAAACAUGACGACGACAGAGGCUCAAGAAACCCUCAAAGGGACCCUCUCAGCCUUCAAAAACGAGCUCCUCUUCCAGGACUUUGGAAUCAACUACAAUAACGAACCAGAGAUGUUUCGAAAGGGAACAACUCUCUUCAGAGACUCGGUGAAAGACACUGAUGGGAGGACUAGACAAAAAGUUGUCUCGAUUUUCGAUGACAUCAUUGGAAAUAAAUUCUGGAAUGAACAUCCAGAGAUUCUUCAGGCUAGGAAGGCAUCUACGAUGACUCCAGUGAACAGUGAAAAUGGAAAUAAAAAGAAGAAAAGUAGACUCUCGAGAGAAAAGUCGACUGAAGAGAAUAAUGAAGUAGAGAAAAUCGAAGUGAAGUCUUCAUGAUUAUACAUUAAGUUUUUGUUAAUUAUGUAAUCAUGUCGCGAAUUUUUUGUUUAUAAUUGAGUUUUUUUAUAAUAUCCAUUUCCUUCAAAAUUACUAGUUUAAGAGUGAUUUCUUGACUGUUUCGUUAACUCAAUUAAGGACAAAAUAAAUUUUUAUAUCAA